UUACAGGAUUUAUUUUACUUGGUGAUCUAAAUAAUGAUAUAGGAAAUCACACACUGAAAAGACACACUAUAAUAGAAUUGAAUGAAUUUUAUCAAAAAGAAAGUCACACAAGAUUAAAGUAUAUAAUAUUUAUAAAACAGUUAAGAAAAAUUGAAGAUACUGAAGCUUUCUCAAAAAACUUAAGUAAGCUUGUCCUUGUAGAUGAUUUUGCAAAAAGUCCUCUGACAAUUUCAAUAAAAAAUUUGUGCGCUAAAAUAACAAAAGGUGCAGAUGUUUUUGAUUUCACAAUAAAAGUUAGAGUUGAAUACAAAUCCCCUAAAACACCAUGGAAGAAAAAUGAACGGGAAGGAAUAUAUAUAAAAAUGAAAUUUCAAGAUGAAAAUGGAGAUGUAAUUAAUGGAAUAACUUUUGAUGAAAACUUAUAUGAUAAAAUUCAAAUUGAAAAAGUAUAUUAUUUAAGUCACUUUAAAUUAGGACGAAAGUAUCUUAAUGAUGCACAUUGUAUUAUACUUGACUAUAAGACGGUUAUAAAUCCAGUUUUUGAUUCAGCUAUUGAUUUAGAUGAAUCAAUAGGAAUGAAGGACCAAAAGACUUCUAUUCAACCCAGUUGUUCUUCAAUUAAGUCUGAAAAUGCACAAAACUACACUGUAAAACAAAGUUUAGUUAUAGCAAUUUUUGCUAUAAUAAUUACUUUAUUUUUUUGGGCAACUGGAAGGCAGUUACAUUUAUAUCUUCCUGGAAAAAUUAAAUGAAGAACCAUAAAUUUAUAUUUACUUUACUGAAUUUGAGAAAAAUUUAUUUUGUCAGAAUAUUCUAAAAACUGUAAUGGAUUUUUCUGGUAUUAUAUUAAGCAAAGUUAUUUUGUUGUUGUUU